AAGCGAAGUCAUCGCCGCCAUCAUCAGGCAGGGCAUGGAGCUGUGAGUGAGCUGACAGAGCUUGCAAGCACAUUGCUUUCUUGCAAGUAACCACAGGCCAGAAGUAGACGAAAAGCAAGCCAAUCCAAGCCUGUGGAGGAGAGGAGUCGAUCGGAGCCGUCUUUGCCAAGUCGCUGUCUCGUCGAAAGGGACAAGGGUCUCCUGGACAGAGGUCUCACCCGUUAAAAUCUCCAUCUUUUUUCUCUUCUUCCUCUAGCUGUGCAAGUGAAGGAGAGAAAGGAGCAGACUGAAUUCUCCCGGCUCGUCGUCGUCGUCGUCGCUGUGUGCGUGCUAAUGCGAAGGAGCAAGUGGUGCUUGCCUUGUUUGCCCAUGGCCAGCACGGCGGCGCUGCCCGUGGAGACGCCGUUCUCUCUUCCGGCUCCGCUGCCGGCGUGGCCGUCGUCGUCGUCAGUUUCAGACGGAGGAUUUGCAAAAGGUAGAAUAAACCUUGGAGGCUUAGAGGUGCGCCAAGUCGCCACAUUUGACAAGGUUUGGUCCACGGCGAAGGGCGGCGAGGACGGCCUCGGCGCCACCUUCUUCAAGCCGGCGGCGGUCCCCGCCGGCUUCUGCACGCUCGGCCACUACGCGCAGCCCAACAACCGGCCGCUCUUCGGCCACGUCCUCGUCGCCCGGGACGCCUCCGGCGGCGGCACCGGGGCGCUUCUUGCUCCGCCGCUGGACUACACGCUCGUCUGGUCCAGCCCCGACGGCGCCGGCCACUUCUGGCUCCCGGCGCCUCCUGAUGGUUACAGGGCGAUCGGCGCGGCGGUGACGGCCACGCCGGAGAAGCCGCCGCUCGACGAGGUCAGGUGCGUCCGCGCCGACUUCACCGACGCGUGCGAGGCGGAGCCCAAGGAGAUAUGGAGCGGCGAUGGGUUCGCCGCCACCGCCCUGAGGCCCGCGGUGCGCGGCGUCGACGCCCGCGGCGUGCACACUGGCACGUUCGCGACGGCGGCGAGCGCGUCGGCGUUGGCGUGCCUCAAGAACAACAGCGCGGCGUACACGUCGUGCAUGCCUGACCUCGCCCAGGUGAACGCCCUUCUCGCCGCCUACGCGCCGCAGCUGUUCCUCCACCCCGACGACCCCUACCUGCCGUCGUCGGUUACGUGGUUCUUCCAGAACGGCGCGCUGCUGUACCAGAAGGGCGGCCAGACGCCGACGCCGGUGGCCGCCGACGGGUCGAACCUCCCCCAGGGCGGCGGGAACGACGGCGGGUACUGGCUCGACCUGCCGGUGGACAACGGCCAGAGGGAGCGGGUCAAGAAGGGCGACCUCGCCGGCGCGAAGGUGUACGUGCAGGCGAAGCCGAUGCUUGGCGCGACGGCGACCGACCUCGCCGUGUGGUUCUUCUACCCGUUCAACGGGCCGGCGCGGGCGAAGGUGGGACCCCUCACCAUCCCGCUGGGAGAGAUCGGCGAGCACGUCGGCGACUGGGAGCACGUGACCCUGCGAGUGAGCAACUUCUCCGGCGAGCUGCUCCGCGUCUACUUCUCGGAGCACAGCGCGGGCAAGUGGGUGGAGGCGUCGCAGCUGGAGUACCUCGACGGGAACAACCGGCCGUCGGCGUACGCGUCGCUGCACGGGCACGCGCUGUACGAGAAGCCGGGGCUGGUGCUGCAGGGGAACUCCCAGCUGGGCGUCGGGAUACGCAACGACUGCGCCAGGGGGAGCAGGGUGGACACCGGCGGCGCCGGGCGGUACGAGGUGGUGUCGGCGGAGUACCUCGGCGCCGGCGCCGUGGCCGAGCCGGCGUGGCUCCUGUUCGACAGGGAGUGGGGCCCGAGGGAGGAGUACGACAUCGGCCGCGAGAUCAACCGCGUGGCCAAGCUGCUGCCGCGGUCGACGAGGGAGAAGCUGCGCAAGCUCGUCGAGAGCGUCCUCGUCGGCGAGGGGCCGACGGGGCCGAGGAUGAAGGGCAGCUGGAGAGACGACGAGAGGGACGAGAAGUGAUUUUUCUCAAAUUUUAAACAAAGUGGCGAGUGAAGUGAUUUCACGAGUACAUUACACCCAAGUAGGUCUGCAAUUUUUUUUCCUUUUUUUAGUAAUGUGUAUAUUGAAUUUGAAACUUAAUUCCUUUAUGAUGUUGUAUUUAUAUUGUAAAAUACUAUUUUAUCUUUAGUGUAACUUGUGUGGGCACUUGAAAGGUGAAAAUUCUCACGCACUUUUCACUAAUUAUUUAUUAUUUAUAAAUAUGUC